UCAGUCUGUGCGCUCACAAGAAAAGGAGGAAGCGGAGUGAGAGCAGCGCAUCGGCACCUCGUCUCUACUCAACUGACGGACAACAUCACAGACACUCAAAAACAACCUGCACCACAGUUUAUCAACUCCUCUACCCGGAGCAACGCACCAGGCGCGACUUUUGCAGCCCUUCAGAAACGCAUUCAACCUCCUGCAACUCGCGUCGGGUUCGUUAAAGUCAAGAUAAAGACAGUUGCACUGACAGUCGGAGAAUGGCAGACUCGGCGGCGGCCAACAGCGACGGGGAGGACGGACCCCGCGAGCCCAUGCGGGGCUUCGCGCGCCAGGGAGCCCUCCGCCAGAAGAACGUGCACGAGGUGAAGGACCACAAAUUCAUCGCGCGCUUCUUCAAGCAGCCCACCUUCUGCAGCCACUGCACCGACUUCAUCUGGGGUUUUGGGAAGCAGGGAUUCCAGUGUCAAGUCUGUUGUUUCGUGGUUCACAAACGCUGCCAUGAGUUCGUCACUUUCUCCUGUCCAGGUGCCGAUAAAGGACCUGCAUCAGACGACCCGAGGGCAAAGCAUAAGUUUAAGAUCCACACCUACUCCAGCCCGACCUUCUGCGACCACUGUGGCUCUCUGCUCUACGGCCUCUUACACCAGGGCAUGAGAUGUGACCACUGUAUGAUGAACAUCCACAAGCGCUGUGUGGCCAAUGUGCCGAGCCUGUGUGGGACAGACCACACUGAGAGGAGAGGUCGCCUCCAGAUCACCGCUGAGGUCAAGACUAAUGUACUCACUGUUACCAUCAAAGAGGGCAGGAAUCUGGUUCCCAUGGACCCCAAUGGUCUGUCAGACCCCUACGUGAAGCUUAAACUGAUCCCAGAUCCACGCAGCGAGAGCAAACAGAAGACCAAGACCAUAAAGUGCUGCCUCAACCCCACUUGGAAUGAGACCUUUAAAUUCCACCUGAAGGAGUACGAUAAGGACCGCCGUCUGUCGGUGGAGGUGUGGGACUGGGACCUGACCAGCCGCAACGACUUCAUGGGAUCACUGUCCUUCGGCAUCUCGGAGCUCCAGAAAAACGGAGUGGAUGGAUGGUUUAAGCUGCUCUCCCAGGAAGAAGGCGAGUACUUCAACGUUCCUGUUGCUCCGGAGGGGGAGGAGGGCAACGAGGAACUACGGCAGAAAUUUGAGAGAGCUAAGAUUGGACCAGGCAAGAACACAGAAGGCAAGUCGGCUAAUGCUGCGUCCCGGUUCGACUCCAAUGGCAACCAAGAUCGCAUGAAGCUGGCUGACUUUAACUUCCUGAUGGUGCUGGGCAAGGGCAGCUUCGGCAAGGUGAUGCUGGCAGAGCGUAAAACGACAGAGGAGCUGUACGCCAUAAAGAUCCUGAAGAAGGACGUUGUGAUCCAGGAUGAUGACGUGGAGUGCACCAUGGUGGAGAAGAGGGUGUUAGCGUUGCCUGGGAAGCCUCCGUUCUUAACACAACUGCACUCCACUUUCCAGAGCAUGGACCGUUUGUAUUUUGUCAUGGAGUACAUAAACGGAGGAGAUCUCAUGUAUCAGAUUCAGCAGGUCGGCAAGUUCAAAGAGCCCCAUGCUGUAUUCUAUGCUGCGGAGAUAGCCAUCGGUCUGUUCUUCCUACAUCUAAAGGGCAUCAUCUACAGAGACCUGAAGCUGGACAAUGUGAUGCUGGACUGUGAGGGUCACAUUAAGAUAGCAGAUUUUGGCAUGUGUAAAGAAAAUAUGAAUGAUGGAGUCACGACCAAGACCUUCUGUGGCACACCAGACUACAUAGCCCCUGAGAUCAUAGCCUACCAACCUUAUGGAAAGUCUGUGGACUGGUGGGCCUUCGGCGUAUUGCUCUAUGAGAUGCUGGCUGGACAGCCUCCAUUUGACGGUGAAGAUGAGGAUGAGUUAUUUCAGUCCAUUAUGGAGCAUCACGUCUCCUAUCCCAAGUCAAUGUCCAAGGAGGCUGUCGCUAUCUGUAAAGGGCUGAUGACGAAGCAUCCAGCGAAACGACUGGGCUGUGGUCCCGAGGGGGAGAGAGACAUCAGGGAGCACAGCUUCUUCCGCUACAUGGACUGGGAGAAACUGGAGAACAAGGAAGUGCAGCCGCCUUUCAAACCUCGAGCUUGUGGACGGGAUGCCGAGAACUUUGACCGUUUUUUCACACGCCACCCACCGGUGCUGACCCCUCCCGAUGAGGAAGUGAUUCAGAACCUGGACCAGGACGAGUUCCAGGGGUUCUCCUUUAUCAACCCAGAGUUCCCAGGAACUGCUGCUACCACCCCUGCUGCCGAGCAGGCUUGAUUUCGGCUCAUGCACGGACACAUGGACACACACACACAAACAUAUACAUAAUCAUUUUUCCCUAGUAUCAACCCUGGGUACCCUGGAAAUGAUUUGUGCUGUCACAGAAACCACAAAGCCACGACUCACACUCAUACACAACAAAUAACACAUGUACACACAUCUGUUGUUCACACUGCUGCAACCUGGACGACAUGUUGGUCUCCUCUGAGGGUCCGUGUUCAGGAUAUAACAGCCUGAAAGCAUGAAGCACUUUAGUGCUGCACCGAAAAUAUAAUUUAAACUGAGAAAUUGAGAUAAUAGAUUGAACAAAAUGUUACUACUUAGCAAGAUAUGAGUCACUGACUUUCGCCAAGCUUUGUUUUCAAGAAACAAAAAGCUUGGAAGUGUGAUUCACCACAAGCAUGCUGAAUCAACUUGUGUUGCUCACAGUGUGAACAAAGUGUUUGUGUUUAGUUUAACAGACCUCAUCAGAAUAAUACAGGGGCCAACAAGGGCAAACACUCUAUAAUAGCCCAAAACACUUCCAUCAGGCGAAACAUGCUGCAGCUUCAGAAAUGAUGCUAAUUCAAAAACGCAUAUAAAAAAAUCUUUAACAAAUACAAUAUGUAGCAGAAAGCCAAAACAGAUAAAUGAUCAGCAGACAAUUUGUAAAUACAAAUACAAUGCAAAGUCAAAAAUACACAAAUCCCAAAACCAAAUGCACAAAACACAUUGCAUAUCCAGUCAAUACAAUGGAAGUUAUCCAGGUCUCUAGGCAGAGCUACGUAAAUCUGUUGCUUUAUUAUAAUACUGUAAAGGACAAAUGUUAAUAAGUAUACAUACCUCUUCAAUUUUGCUUCUCUAAUUUGCUUUUAAAAAUACCCACAUACUAUCUCUCUCUCUCUGUCCAACACAGUCUCACAGAGGUAUGGACAAGACCUCUCAACAAUGCAUUACAUUGUGAUGGCAAAAUCAUUGCUAGCAAAAUGAAAACAAUUUCAAUUAAAAGUCUAUUAUCAGUUUCAUUGUGAACUGGUCACAGUUUGAUUUGAUCUGGUUUAGGUAAAGAAAAAAACUUGAUUAGGUCUAGAGAACAAAAAAAUACUUGGUUGAGUUUAGGAUAACGUACUGUAACACGUCAGUUAAAAGCCUGGUCCCUUUUAUUAGCCCAGAGUGGCUACACAUUUUGGCAAAUUAGACGCCUGGUCUGGUUGCCAAGCAGUUCAUUUUUUUUAUAGAAGUUCUUUGGAUGUAUAAAAGAAGGUUGUUGACUACCUCAAAUUAUGUGUCUGUUCCUCUACUACUUUGAAAGUUAUUCAUAUUCCUUUAGUCUGUAAGGGUCCUCAGAUCAAAAGAAUCAAAAGGGCUUUUCAUAAAAAUGUAUUACCGCCGUCAAGGAGGUUAUGUUUUCGCCGGCGUUGGUCUGUUUGUCUGCAACAUAACUCAAAAAGCUAUGAACGGAUUUUGAUGAAAGGUGGAUAAUGGGACAAGGAACAUAUGAUAAAAUUUUGGUGGUGAUCGGUUGAAGCAAAGUGGAUAAAAUAAUAAAUAAAGUCUAUCGUCUGACAGCCUCAGCAGCAAUUCCAAUUUCUAAAGAUGGUGAAAAUAGCGCCAUCUGGUGGCCAGAAAGCACGUCUUGUUCUAGUUGCUAAAUAUUGUUGUAAUUCUAAAGUUGAAAUUAAUGUUCUGUGUUGGAAAAAAGAAAGUGAAAAAUACAAAAAAACAUAUUAUAUUCUGUGUUGGUACAAAAUAAAAACAAAAUAAAUACACCACAGUGUCUCCAUGGUGAAGGCAUAUAUAACCUAAUAAUGAUAGUGAUGCAAAUAACCUAAUUGUGAUGCAGGCUGCAAAAUCUGAUGCAGAGGGGGAGGGAAUAUCACCUACUUGGCGGAGGUCUGCACUCUCUGAGUGCUUUUCUAGUUCAAGUUGUGAAUAUUGUUUUUACAGGAUAAAAUGCCAGGUGCUGUAACUCACUCUGUCUCUGAUGCACUCUCUGUCAGAGCUAAAUCAAAUGAAUGAUUCAUAAUUGAUAGAUUAACUGAAGCCUAAUUUUUAUACAAGUAAUAUUCAUACUGGUUUAAAUAAGUUUGAUUGAUUUGAUGUGUUUAUAUUUACAAUCUUUCCUGAGUAACAGUUUUGUGUGAAAGGAACUGCCAAGGAAUUAAAGGCCUGUCCCAAAUAUAGGUGUGUUGAUUUCAGUGAUUGAAGCAAAUAAACGCCGGGCUAUUAAUUUAAGUUUUACAGUGAAUAACUAUUUACGAGACAUAAGUAAUGUAAACUUUCAUACUUUGCAUAAUGCCGUAAAGUACUUAACAUAAUCUCCAUAAAGUCAUGUAACUUCAUGGACUUUUGGUUUCACAUGAGACACAAACAGCCAUCUCGUGGUUGAAAGUCCAUGUUUGUUUGACCCAUCCUCAACCCUUCCCUCCCAGCCUACAUGGACUUUCUCGCUCUUUAUACUUAAUUUUUUUUCGGGGUUUAUGUGUUUUCGACUUGUAUUUGUAGUGUGUUUGCUGUUUAUGUACUUGUUUUGGCUUUCUGCAGAAAGUGUUAUUAUUUGCAGCACAUUUCUGUUGUAUUUGUUUUCUACUUUCUUAUGUGUUUUUGAAUUGGCACCGUUUCUGAACCUGCAGCACAUCUCUCCUACUGGAAAUGUUUUUGGACACUGUAUCGCAUUUGUCCUUGUCGGCCACAAUAGAAUGAGGUUAGGCACAAAAAUUAGUCUUAAAACAUUUUUUGCAUCGUCAAAAAUGCAGUAAUUUUACAACCUAACUACACAGUAUUGACAAGUCAUGAUUCCCACAGCACACGCAAACACACAACAGCAUAACUCACAUGUAACAUAGCUCCAGGAUUCCAUUUUAUUACCUUUUUUUGGUGAAAAUUGUGAUUUAACUUUUCUUUUACUCAUCCCUCGACUAUUCCAGCGCAUUCUGAGUUCGGCCUGUACUUCUGGUGUGCUUUUUAUUCAAUGUGUAAUAAUAUUAAUAGUGUCUGUAUGUUUAUCCUUAUCUUAGCGAAAAUUGGAAUGCUUCACAUACUUGUGCAUGAGUUUCUAUAUCAAUAAAAGCCCUGGACUUUGUUUCCCAGCAGCAUUUUAGCAUCUGCAUCCCUCCGCAGCCAUUGUGUGGCUGUUUUUAAUGUUUUUCAAAAGUAUUUGGUGUAUGAUUUUACCCGUUGACACAGUGGAAGAUUUGUGCCACAAAAGACCACAAAUAUCAGAUUUUCUAUGUGUCUCAUUUUGGGGUCAUGAUGGUAAAAUGCUGUUGGGAAAUGUAGUCUUUCUAUAGGCUGUGAGUCAGUUAAAUAGAUAGAUGAUACUACUUCUUAUACUCUCAUUUUCUGUUAUCUAGUAUAUAAGCAAUGAAAGAGACUAGCAGUUAGUUUCUUUGUGUUUUACAAAAGCAUGAAACAUAUACCUGGGCAUUUGUUUACAGCAUACCUGUGUGUGUGUACAUGUAUGUUUUAUAUGUGUGCGAACGAGUACUGUGUAUGAAAACGCGCGUUGCAAUUUUGUGUGUGCGUCAGUACCUGCGUCCCCAGCGCCUUGCCUGGCCUUGUGUUUACAUUUGUUUGUAUGGUGAAUAUCUGCACCCCUUCAUGUCAAGCAGUUUUGGUUUGAUCCACUUUACUUCCAGCCAGCGGCUCCACAAGUGGCAGAAGAGAACAGAUGUUAAAAGUAGAGAGGGGAUGCAUGAUAUUGAAGUUGAAACAAUUAGCAAAUAAUAUGAGGUUUCACUAAAUGUCAGCAAGAGAAUAGUGAUACUAGAGAGACUGAGUGCUUCCUUGGAAUCUUGAAAGCUGUAAACGAGUUAGUGUUGCAGCAAAUUCCACCUCGAAAGCACCACCUCAGUACAAGAGAUGUUUUCUGUGGCCUGGAAACUAAAACUGAACUCAGAUUCCUACUUUUGAAAUGCAGGUUAAGUAGCUGAGCAUCUCAAAAAGUUCCUAGGCCAGGGAAAAGUUUCUGUGCUAGACAAAAAAAGGCCACUACCUGGUUUUCAAACAGCAGACCAAUAUGUCAUGCAGCUCUACUUUACUGAUCUAGUUUUUGUUGGAAAGGAUUUGAGGCUCAACUCACUGUGAUUGGUGCUUUUUAAGUAGCCAUCUGCUGCGCAAUAAUUUCCAUCCAAACUACAGCAGCAGCAAAUAGGGACACAGGUGAAAGCUAGGCCGUCUGAAGCAGGAAAAUGUGUGUUUUGUCUCUUGUUUUCCCUAGCGAGCAAUAAUCUUGUUGACAGGAAGGCAGAAUUGGUACUGAACCAACCUUCAGAAGGCUCAGGUGACGACUGUAAUUAAAUAACACGCACAAGGCUAUGAGGUUAUGAAGCAUGUUGGUGGGCAUUUCUAUCUCAGUCAGAGAGGAAGACAGCUGUACGUUAUACAUUUCAGUGAAGCUAACGUUGUAUAGAAGUGGUUCAAGUGCUUCCUCAUAUCACAGUCCUCUUCAUCACAGAGGGACAUCAGGGGAGUUGUUUCUGCAAAGUGGGCGCAUUCAGGUCACUGGUGUUUAUCAGUAUUAGUGGCAUGACGUUGUCUCUGCAGGUGAAGGAGAAUAAUGCAACAAUAUCAUAGCACUUAUUCACUUAAACAAACUGUUAUCUGCCAUGCGUACAGGCGCAGGAGUCUGCUGUCAGUGUUGUGCAUGAACAUGCUCAUAUUUUUGGUGAAUGACAGGGCUGCCCCUGACUAAGAAAUUUCCCAGUCGACCAAUAGUCGUCAUUUAGGGCCAUUAGUGGACUAGUUGCCUGCAUGUUUACGAUAUUAAUUUGAUUAUUAGAUGAUAUAUUUUGGGCAGGGCAACACAAUGGUUUGAGUUGAAGGUGUGAGAAAGAAUAGUAACAAUAACAUUGUUAACACUGUGCUACAAUACAGAGAAAUCAUUAAUAUAGGCCUAUAUUUUAUCUCCAAGUGCACGUCACACACUGAGCGAGCCGCCUGUUAAUGACGCUGUGGGCUAAUGGGCAUGUAGCUACUUCCAUGUUUCAGAUGAUACGUCAUGUUUGUAGUCGACCAAUGAAGAUGAGUUUACAUAUCACCUUGGGUUCGUCCUUCACCUUCUCAAAAUGAUCCCACACUUUGGAUUUCCUGCCCGACAUGUUAUUAACUAGCCUGUGGAAUAACCGCAGGUACCAGCCCUGGAAAUUAACCUGACUCUUGUCUGACUGCUGAGCGUGUCCACUUCCUGUGUCUGUCCUUUCAGAUUAAAUUCCCACAUGGUCCAGUCAUAUAGGUUGUGACUUAUUUUGGCAAGGUGCAGCUCCUAAUAGAGUUUCACGUUUUUUGUUUUGUUUUUCUGCGACGAAGCGACCAAUGAAAUCUUGGCGACUAUUCAGGGGCGGCCCUAAUUUUAAUCUUUGUGAACUGAGCUCACUCCUCUGAAGUGUGAACAUGCACAGCACUGGUCACUGCAGUCUCCACAAGCGUGACUACAGAAAGGACAUUGUCAUUAAAUGAUAUCUUAGAAUAUCUGCAGUAUGGAAGUGACUGGAAGUUAAUGGGAGAUCUGAUCUAGUGAAUCAGAAUAUCGUGUUUAUUUAAAGCAGGAAAUUUUAAUUCAGGUCCCUAAAAUAUUUCUUGCAUCUUUAAUUUAGAAGCCAGUGGGUCUGCACAUACACUUUGGUUACUCCAGACAAUUUCACUAGAAUUUGAUGUAUGCUUUCAAAUAUCCUAACAUUUCAAACACAUUGUUAAAAAUGUCAUCUGCAAUUAGAGUUUAAAACAACUUUACGUAUUUGAAAAAGAUGAUUUUUUGCAGGCCACUGGCAGUUUUUUCUCUGCUUUUCCCUGAUAAGCAGGCCAGAUGGUGAAGGGUUAGCAGAAAGCUGAAGGAGGUUGAUCCCUGAUUGGGAGUGGCAAGAAUUCAGACGGAGGAGGCGUGCACUGAGGAUCUCUGAGUUCUCCUUUCGGUGCCUUGUCACUGAUCUGAAUAUUUUCACACACAGACCCCUGUAAUGCACGUUUGCAUCAUGCUUUUUGGUGGCAUUGAGACCUGCUCCAUGAAGUAAUUUGACAUUUUUAGCAGGUUAAUGGAUUAUCGGGAGGGAAAUCACUGAUGUGGGGACAGUCUUAACUAACAUCUGGAUAAAGUUGGUUAUCUCUAGUCUCAAAGUGCUGAUGAGUUGAGCACAGAAGAGCAGCUUUAGGCUUUCACAUUUCCUCCAUGACUAUGAUUCUAAAUGCAACUGUUGUGUUUUUAGCCAUAUCUUAUCUGUGUCCAUUUUCUGUGUCGUACCUCCAUUGUUAGUAUUUAUUACAGUCAGUGUCUCCUGUAUUAUAACAACAACAAAUAGCUAUAUAUACUUAUACAUAAACAUAUAUACCUGUGCCAAAUGUUGAUAUUUACACCAUGUGGUUAGUAUUGUAAAGGACAAGAGAAGUCUUACUCCAGGAUUUGUGUUUUUGUUUAUAUGAUUCCUUCCUGCUGAAGGAGAAGCAAAAUGAACUCUGCAUGAAAAAAAUGCUUUUGUUUUACCUUUUUAUUAGUUAGGAUUUAUAAACAUUUAACAUAUUAGGGUGAUUCAUGUUCUCUGUGUCUGCAGUGCUUCAAAAAGCAUAAUACAAGCUACUGUUGUGUGUGCUAUGUGUGAAAAUAAUGCAUCUAAAUACAUCGAAAGAGGGAAAAAAAAUGCUUCUCACAAUGCUUUCCAUGUGCCAAAAUUAUUUUUUGUUUGUUUGUUUUCCAGGAAGAACAGGCAUACCUAAAAUAAAGGAUUUAAAAGAUGUGUUAGGGGAUGUUCGCUAUUGAUUUUGUGUGUAUAUGUUCACUGUGUACAUUUUGAAGUGGGUGUGGUGAGUGAAGAAAAGGAGGUGAAGAGGAAGAGAUUAGAGUGAUGGAGGGUGAAAGAGAGAAAGGAAAACAGGUGGGGAAGCAAUUCAACGAUGUGAAGGGAGGCGAGGAAGAGGUAGUAAGAAGGGACAGUGGAGAGGAGGAAGAGGAAGGGAGGGGACGAGGAAGCAAAGCGAGGCUCUGUGAAGCGGGGCAGGCGGCUAUGACAGGCUGUGCAUAUUUCAUGGCUGCCACUUAUCAUAAGAGCCUUUCCCUGAUGGGGGAGCGUAGGUCUGAUGACUUCAAGGAAAUAACAUGCAGAACACGGCCUACAUACACACAGCCCUGCUGAGCCACUCAGCCGCUUCACGCCGCCUCUAAAGCUGCUCGCAAUCCACUGUAGUCGAGCCACUGCUGCUGCUGCUGCUGUUCUGACUAUCUGCACAUUCACUUUUUAUAGGGGUUACUGGAUCUUGCACCAUUUACUAUCCCUCGUACAAUAUAAUGUUUACGAGAACUGACACACACUAGAUGUAGAGGUUCAUAGCCAUGGCACAAUGUGAAGGAGAACAGCAUCUACAACACAGUAGCUAUCUACUGGGAAUGCUUCUGUCUUUGAUCACAAGGUGAAAGGAAGUGAGGUUCAGGAUCCAUUGAUGGGAGGAGAGAAAAACUGUGUCAGUGAGGUUCAACUUUAAAGCGGUUAGUGAAACCUGUUGAGAUGUAAGAUCUUUACAUUUUGAUUGUCGAGGCACGUGACCUUAAGAGUGUGACAUCUGCCAUAUACGCUGAAUAUACACAAUGGGUUAUAGGUUAACCCUAUUGCUUUUCAAUCAUGAUGCCACACUAGGGCUGCCCCCGACUAAGGAUCUUCCAAGUCGACCAAUAGUAGUCAUUUAGGGCCAUUAGUCGAGUGGUCGUCUGCAUAUUUAUGAUAUUAGUUUAAUUAUUAAAUGAUAUAUUUUGGGCAG